AUGAUGAAAAACAAAUAUUCUCUUGAUCAAUAUUUAAAUUUAGAGGCAUGGAUGAAAGACGCAGCUGCCCAUGAAAGCCCUGAAACAAAUUCCAGUCUCAUAAGUUCCAUACACACACAUAGAAAGAGAAGACAACAUGAAUAUCACCUGUCUACCAGGCACUUACUACACAUUUGCCUUGUGCUGCUCUUCUCUACUGAAAUCACAUCAAUGCAGUGUGACAUGAUUCAUUUCCAACAGAAAAGACUCAACAAGGACAGCCUGGAGUUACUGGAGAAAAUGGGGGGAAGUUUCCCCUUCCUUUCUCAGUGCUCCAAGAAAACCAAAUUCAGGACUAUCCGGGGUAUUUUCCAGCUCUGACCAUCACAGAAAGAGGAUGCUAAAACAACAAUUCAAGUGAUCCUUCAAGAAAUCUUUACCAUCUUCAGUAAAAACCUUACACAAACUACCUGGGACUGGAGUUCCAUUGUCACUUUCCAAAAUGGACUUCACCGGCAAAUUCAGCUGUUGGAGGCCUGUUUGGUUGCACAAAUGAAAAAUGAUGGUACUACUCCUAGAAGUGAGGAUCAACUGCACACCAGACUGAAACUCAAUAGAUAUUUCCAGAGAAUACACAAUUUCUUGGAAGAGAAGCACUAUAAUCUCUGUGCCUGGGAGAUCAUCCGUAUAGAAAUGCCCAAUUGUUUUCUGUUUGUUGACCAACUCACAAAAAGUCUUAAAAACUAA